AUCGCAGACCAAAACGCAUAUUAAUUUUAAAAAACCGCAAUUUUGUGAUUCAUGUUCUGGUUUCAGCGCAAACCGCAGCAGUCACCUCACUAGCCUUAGGUCUCCCAAUAGCCGUCCCUUGUUCACAAGCCCUAAAACCCUCGUUUCUACAAAGUUCCAAGCUCACUAACGGAGCCUGAUUUUAAUGAUAGCGUAGAGUUGACUAUACACACUCAAUUCACGCCGGAGCCACGGGAACGAUGCAAAACGACGGCGGAUCGAAAGCUCCUCAAUCACUUAUUCCUUCCGGCGACCAAACUGUUUGGACCGACGUCUCUUCUCUUCUUCAUUCCGCUUGUACAGAUCUUUGGGAUGGGGAGCUCAUUCACGGAGAGAAUUUUAAUCUUUUUUCUGCAAUGUCUGCAUUGGAGAUAAUGGACCCGAAGAUGGAUUCUGGUAUAGUUUGUAAAUAUUAUUCGGUUGAUGAAGCCAUUGAGAAUGGUGCUGCUCCAAUACCAGUGAGUUCGGAUAAAACUGAUGAUGUUCAGUGUGUUAUUGACAUCAUGGAUCAUCUUCUAGCUUGUGAGGCAACUUGGCACAAGGGUCAUUCUCUGGCACAAACUGUUUUCUCCUGCAUCUACCUCCUGAGGCUUGAAAGAACGUCAUCACAUGCGUUACUCUAUUCUUAUUGCAGAGUGACUCGUGCGACCUGCAAUGCUGUUGUUUCAGCUGUAUCGGAGGCACGCACACAUGAAGAGGAAGAUAUAUUUACUAUGGCGUACGGGUUACCUCUAAAAGGGGAUGGAGAUGAAAAGUGCGUUUCUAUGCUACAUGCUGUAGAUGAAACAAUUUCUCGCCAAUUGCGUGCUUGCAAAGCACCGUUAUCUAAAAAGAGAGUAUUAGAAGAUAUAGAGCCUCUACAAAUUAAUCCUGAUCUAGAAGAAGGAUACUGCACAGCUGUAGUCUGCCGCUUGCGUUUUCGUAAGCACUUUCAUCAUGUCAUAACAUGCAUGAGGCGGCCUCAGGGCAGAGGUUUCGAGUUAGCUAGGAAACAUAUAGCCUCGUGCUUAUCAGAGCUAGAAUGCAUACUUAAAUCAGCAGUAUUCAUUAGGUCCAACUGCGCUUGCGGGUCGUGCGAAGGUGAAAUUGAUAAUAAAACUACUGCAUCUGGUCGGCAACCAAUUGGUUUUGAUCCCACUUUGAAUAGUAGAUUAUGUGCUCCUACACCACCUCGGGCAAUCAAGAUUCUUAGCUGGAAGAAGGCUAUUGAGUAUUUUCAAAAGCUGCUUCAUGAUCUGGAUAUCAUAUGUUCUUUUCCAUUGGAUCCAUUAUUUGAGGGUGUACUUAAUUUUGUGACUGAGUUUCAAAAGUUGCAACCUGAUUUGGUUGCUAGAGCUCAUCUACAGCUUCUACUAGUUCAAGAUGGGAAACUCUAUGGGCGUGAACCUGUAUUUGCUGUGAUCUGUAAAAGUGCUGCAUUACCGGAAGUGGCAAAGAAUCAUGAUAUCCAAAAGAAUGAAUUUAUUUCCCAACUUGGGCAGCUAGUGCUAACUUCGCUAAAAAUUCUCUGUACCAAUGCUGCUUGGCAAAGGCGGAAGCUUGGGAAAAUAAUACAAGAUUGGCGAAUUAUGUAUCUUCAGUUAGAGCUGGCUUUUAGAAAGGAUUUUGGAGAAUUACCAAGCACUUCAAACGAUGAGAAUGUCAGUGUUAAAAUAUCAAAGCAUAUCCUCGUUUGGGUAGAAGAGCAAACAUACUGGAUAGCAUUACGCUUUCUCUUGUUGGGAUUUGAAUUGGAGCUAUAUUCUCCGAACGAUUACUGCAUGGUUUAUUGGUAUAUAUAUGUUGUCUCAAUUAAGCUUGCGGAGAAAACACAUCUCAAAUUGACGUCGAAUAAUGAUAAUGCCAAACGAAAGGGGAAGAAGAAAAAAGACCAUUUGAAAGAUGCAGCAAAGGUUUAUCAGUUUCCACCAGUAGUCUUGUUGCUUCAGUGCCAAAUAUAUCUUGCUGAAGGGCUGACAAUGAUGCUCGCGGCUUUGAGGAACCACGAGAAGGCUAUUAAAGUUCUUGGUCCUUUUAACACCGAGCAAGAGAGAUUCUUCCAGCACUUUGAGCUCCUGCAGAAAGCUUGCAUCCCUGAUCAAAUGUCAUACCUUUCGUUCAGUGAAUCAACUAACCAUGCACGCUUCUCAACCCUACAUAUGUAUAAUUACUUCAAAGAUGCUCAAAAGAUUGCGAAGGAGUUGAAGAGUAGUUUUUCUGGUAAUCCAGACAGAUUGGCGGAACUUCGUCGCAUUGAGCAAGUUGCUGAACACAAUGCCAUUGCUUUAAAUCUGGUUUGCCGUUUAGGGACUCUUGAUCCAUCACUUAAGGUGUACUUUGAAUAUAGUCACCAUUCUCACUUUGCAACAGCUGUUGUGAAGAGAUCUUGAUGGUGAUCACAUGUACACUUUACCAAUUUUGAUUUUACUUCAAAAGUUUUCUUUGUAUUUUAGUUGUGCAAAUAGCAAUAUUAAAAUUCAGAUUUACAAUCAUCAAUUUUGUUUUUAGUUUUGAGUAGAUUAUUUAAAUCAUUGUUUUAAAUAAGAAACAUGCAAGAGCUAAGGUACAGUGUCCCGGAGAUGUAAAGAUUUUGCCUGUUAUUUUUUAUUUUUUAUUAUUAUUUUUAAUGAUGCCUACGGGAUUGCUGUGA